CGGCCGUCGUGGAGGUACGAAUUUAAAUUGUCGCCGCGGAUGUUGGAAACUUUGAGCCGCGAGAGAGUUUUCGAAGUGAUCGAAGUGAAGUGAAGUGAAAACCAAAUUUGGCACAGAUCUGCUAUUUUCUGCUAAAUCUAUUUGUGUGCGCCUGUGAGUGGGCUGUUCAGUGAAAUUCAGUGAAAAUUGCAAAUUUCAAUAGAGCGCUGUGCACCUGGAUUAGAGCACAUACCGCUUGAAAUUGAAAUUGAAACCGAAACCGAUCGGAUAGUUUCACUUUUUAUUGGAUUAGCCGCACCAACAACUACCCAUCCAUCUCAUCUCAAUUAAACAGGAAAUUUUUUGGCAACUCUUGGAUGCCCGAACAUGGCGCACUAUGAUCAACGUUGGCUGAAACUCUUCUCCUGCUGCCUUUUCCUCGUUUUGCUGGCUCUGCAGGUUUCGGAUGCCAAGCGAUCGAACGCAAAUCUGACAGCCUGUCAGCACCUGAGAAGAGCAGAGACGAGAAGAGCCAAAGCCUUGCAAACAGGAACCGGAGAGCCAUCUGUGAGGGUUCCCCGUUGCCAGAAGAACGGCGACUUUGACCAAAUCCAAUGCCAGGAUGAACGAGCUGGCCGGGACUGCUGGUGUGUGGAUGAGUACGGAGUGGAGUUGCCCGGCAGUCGAAAUGAGACCCGGCUGGGAGUAAGCUGCUCGGAACCGAAACACUGCGCCGCUUCGGCCUGCCGCAUGUUCUGCCCCUCGGGAUUCGCCCGUGAUCCGGAGACCGGCUGCUCCGUGUGCCGAUGCCGCGAUCCCUGCGACGGACUGGAAUGCCCUCGUGGCCAAACCUGCCAGCUGCAGGACGUGCAGUGCAAGUCGGAGCCAUGUCCUCCGCUGCCAACCUGCAAAAAGGCCCGAUCCCUGGCCAAUCUUUGUCCUGCCGGGUUGCCCUUGGCUAUCGAUGACACGGUCAGGCCCUUCCUGUGCGGCCUGGAUCCUGGCAAGCCGCAGUGCCCACCCCUCUACCAAUGCCUGGUGGAGUCUGGAAACGACUACGGAGUGUGCUGCCCUAGUGCACUAACCUUCCAAAAGCCCGGCAUCUGUCCAGCACCGGAUCAAACCCAGUACACGGAACGUACUGGUUACAUGUGCGGCUCACCCUGCAGCCACGACCUGGAGUGCCGCAAUCUGGAGAAGUGCUGCUUCACCAAGGGCUGCCAGUUCAACUGUCAGCAGCCGGGAAAUGUUACGGGCUGCCACCAGGCCAAGGCCCUGGCCGACAUCCUGUCCAUUAACGAGCGAGAGGGACGCGGUUAUGUACCGGACUGUAAUGGCCCCGGCGGACAGUACUCUCCCAAGCAGUGCUCCCGCAACGGACUCGUCUGCUGGUGCGUUGAUCCUCGCACAGGACAUAAAAUCAAGGAGACCAUGGGCGCGGCCAACAAUGUCAACUGCGACGGGUGGGAGAAUAUGAUCAGCCGGUCCUAUGCCAGGAGCUUCCAGAUGGAACAGUGCGACACCAACAUCUGUGCUGCCGUGUGCGAGUAUGGUUUUAAGAACGACCACAAUGGCUGUCCUACCUGCGAGUGCUCUGAACCCUGCGAAGGAUUUAAAUGCUCCAUUGGCUCGCACUGCGAAGUGGCCACCGAUCCGUUGUGCGAGUCAGGAUCCUCGCUCUGUGCCUCCUGGCCCGUGUGCAAGCCCGAUCUGGUCUACUCGAAUCCCUGCGACGUGGGUACUCCUCUUUCGGACACCGCCACCGGAGAGGUUAUGUACUGCUUCGAGGAGCGACAGGGUAGAAGCUUCCAGCCUACGGCCUUCUUCGAACCUGAAGCCGAUGCUCAAUCCAAGCAAGGGCGAUCCAUGAGCAACCGCAUUAUGUGUCCAGAGCAGUACAAGUGCACGAAGCUGCACAGGGAGACGGAAAGUGUAUGCUGUCCGGUACCGGAGCAGAGCACCAUGGCAGAGGACACCACUGGAGCGCGUCAGCAAACCAUGUGCGAAUACCUUCGCGACUUCUCGGAACGAAUGGAGGGCACCGAGGAGGGCAUGCAACUGGCGAUUCCUUCCCCGCGCUGCAACACCGAGGGCGACUACGAGGGACGCCAGUGCCAGUUGAAGAAAAUCAGAGUGACCCGAGCCGAGCAGCGCAAGAUUCUGGAGGAGAACACCAUCCGCCGCAUGAGAAUGCUCCUGGCCAGCGCAGCCCCUCCGAAGCGGACGCGUCGAGACUUGGAGCGCUUGAAGCUCUACCGCGUGGAUGACAGUGCCCUCAAGGUCCAGGUGGCGGCUCCUGUCAUGGGACGCAGUGCAAAGGUGAUAGACAUGGGCGCCGAUCGGCAGCAGGGAUUGGGACAGCUUUUCGAAACGGAGUUCAAGAAGGUGGCUUCGGCCACCAAGAGGCCGGCGGAAAUCGAGGACGAACUCGUGGAAAUCGAGGUGGAACAGUGCUGGUGUGUGGAUAGUUUUGGAACAGAGAUUCCACAGUCCCGAGGAUUUAAUGUAACCGACGACACUUGCAAGAAUCUGCGUGAGGAGCUGGUCUGCCUGGACUUGACAUGCCGGAUGGGCUGCGAGUACGGCUUUGCCUUGGAUCCGGAUACCCGUUGUCCGGCCUGUCAGUGCCGUGAUCCCUGCGAGGGUGUAACCUGUGGCUCUGGGAAAGAGUGCCGCGUGGUGGAUGUGACCUGCGAGGGCGAGUACUGCCCUCCAGUGCCCGCUUGCCUGCCCAGAAAGCCGGGACAGUGCCCUUACUUGGUGCCGCCAGGUCCGGAUAACCUGGACGCCAAUACCUGUGCCUACGAGUGCCGCACAGAUGCCCAUUGCGAGGGAUCAAGACGCUGUUGCUCUAAUGGAUGCGGCACCCAGUGCGUGGAUCCCCAACUGAAGACUGCCUGCCAACAUCUGCAGGCCAUCCAGCUGCACCAGAGCUCCGAGCUGGGCAUCCCGGCCCGUCAAAUGGCGGUGGCCCAGUGCAAUGCCCAGACUGGCCAGUGGGAACAAGUGCAAUGCUCACCCGACGGCCACUGCUGGUGUGUCGACUCCCAAGGAGGCAUACUGCCUGGCACCAGAGUUAAAUCUCCAGCCACACCCGUCUGCCGGGAGAACUCCAGCUUUGCCUGCCCCAAGUCCAAUUGCACCCUCCAGUGCGAGAGUGGCUACCACAUGGACGCCAAUGGCUGCCCCACCUGCCAGUGCCGGAACUACUGCAGCGAGGUGAGCUGUGGCGCCGACGAGGAGUGCCAGCUCAUCUCGGUGGAGUGCGUCGACACGCCGUGUCCCAAAAUGCCCAUCUGUGUGCCCAGGCGAGAGUCUGUAUGUCCCGAAGGUAGUCCCCUCCAGCAGGGCGACUUGGACGUGAGCUGUGGCCCGCACAACGAACACGAGGCCUGUCCCACCACCCACUCCUGCCAGCUGAAUCCGGUGAGCAAUCGUGGCGUGUGCUGCUCCAAGACCCGCGACGUCUGCUUCGAGUCCAUGGACAAUAGUUGCCUGGCCAGCGGAAAAUCGGAGAGGAACACCACUCGCUAUCGCUUCAGUCCCAAGGCCAACAAGUGCCUGGCCGUGGUCAUCGAUGCUGAGGCAUCCGCCUGCCAGACCAAGAAUCUCUUCCACAAUGAACUGGCCUGCAACUCCGUCUGCCCAGUGCUCACCCAAUGCGAACGACUGAAGCUGAAGAACAGCCUGGCUGCCCAGCGAACGGGCCACUCGUCGGUAUGGUUCCAGCCUCGUUGUGAUCCCGUCACCGGUCACUGGAGUCCGGUUCAGUGUUUGGGCAAGCAACCCCAGCCUUUGGACAAAAGGCCCCCACCUCAUACAGAGAUUGUGAGCAGAGCCUUCGCCUCCAAUCCUGUGGAUGAAUCUCCGGGAGUCUGCUGGUGCGCCGAUAAGAAGGGCGCUCCUCUGAAGGGAACCCUGACCCGGGAGACCGAACCCAUCUGCAACAGUCGGCAGGCACGUAACCGCAAGAACUUCGACUCGAGUGACCCGCUGAUGGAGCAACUUAUCGCCCAACUCACCCAACUGAAUGAUGUGGCUAGCGAAGACUUGGACUUUGAUGAGCUGGAGGCCAGGAUACUCCCUGCCGCUGCCACUGCUAGUGCAGCAGAAUCGAGCGUAACGGAAAGGGUGUUGGAGCUGGCCAACUCUCUGUUGGAUUCCCAACUGUCAGUGGAGCAGGCUACUCUGAAACCAAUGGAACUGAAGACCACCCGGUGCAGGGCUCUAGCGGAAACUGCUCCAUUCCCAGUGAGCUGUGACGAGGCGGGCGCCUUCCGGCCUCUGCAGUGCAACGGCAGAAGCUGCUGGUGUGUGGACGCCGCCGGAAAUCAGCUACAGGCCUCCCACGUCUUUGGCGCAGGAGAUCGUCGCUGCAACCAUGUGCCCAUCGAAGCAGUCGCCAUUGAGCUUCACCUGACCAACAGCAGCGAUAGGAGUGUGAGGAAUGCCUACGACACGAUACGACGGGAGCUCCAACAGUUACUGGGCGAGUCCGUGGAGAACCUACGCGUUCAGGAGAACUUUGACGGCUCGGCCAUCGUUCGCUUCGAGCUGCACAACGACGCCAAGGUGGACCUGGCCUUCGCCAUCGAGGAGUCCAUUGCGGCGGGCGAGUUCCGCCUGGCGGGCGGUCACUUCCGGCCGGACCUGACCCGCUCCCACUUCGUGCACCGCAGUGCUGCUGUGCCUGUGGCUCAGGCGGCCACCGCCCAGGACGAGUCCAUUCAACUGGUGCUCUUCAUCAUGGCCACCAGUUCCGCCUUUCUGGUCAGCGUGUUUGUGGUCUACGUUAUGUUGAAACGCGGCAAAAGCCACAAGUCUAACCACUCCUAUAGCAAGGGUGCUGACGGAUUUGGGGACAAGCCGGUGGACUACUCCGCGCCGAUCUUCGUGCUAGCCGCCGGCGACAUGGAUGCCAAGUUGGAUAGCAUGAAGGCGGCCAAGGCGUAGACUGUUGUUAAGUUAUCUAAAUCAAUUUGUAAAUAAAGAGAGCAAAUUUAAGAUUUACGUUUAGAGAUCCGUGGGGAAGCUGGUCAGAGCUGGCGAGGUCUCGGUCCAAAAAGGAGAAAGCGGCUAGCUAGCUAUAGGUAUCCCCAGUAUCGUACACCUAUUCAUUAUGUUCUAGAGCCCUAAGACGAUUAAUUUAUGAAUAAAGCUUUAAAAUCGAA